AUGGCAAUCCAACCUCUGCAAGAUGGUUCAGAUAGAUCCAUAGAUGCUAGAUCGAUAGUCACUCUUAUAGUAUUCUUCAUCGUUAAUGCUCUGGUAAUUUACCCUAUCCGAAUCCCGUUCCCCCUUUUUUUCUCUAGGGGAUGCGACAACCUGCAAAAACGCAUAUCGUUCGAAAUCCCUUGUGAGAGAGAAGAACGUCCUCCAUCAUCAACGGCAUCUUCGACACCUAGGAACAGUGUAUCCGAGGGCGAAGGGAAACCAGCUCAACCACCAUGUGCAAGACGAUGUCAAUGUAAAAGACUUUAUUUCCCCUUGGACCUUCGUACCGUACCGGUCAUAGGUGUAUUGUUACUUCUCGCAUCAACAUGUAUUCCCCCUGAAGUAGUCAGAAGAGGCAUAGUAGGCAGUGGUGGUGUUAGACCUUAUGAUAUUAUGACACUUUUCACUUGUUUUGCAUACAUCUCGAUCUCUCUAGACUGUACAGGUCUCCUACGCUACCUCGCAUUUCUCAUCGCAUCCAAAUCAACAGCCCACGGAGGAGGUACCACACUUUACAACUCCUUUUAUCUAUUCUUCAGUAUUAUCGGUUUAUUCUUCGGGAACGAUCCAUUGGUAUUGAGCGGUACACCCUUUUUAGCUUAUUUCACUCAACAUUCAUCGAUCGAUCCACCCACUUCAUUCCUAUUCACCCAUUUCCAAAUAUCCAAUUUGGUCUCGGCUUUUCUGGUCUCUUCGAACCCUACCAACCUUGUUCUCACCUCGGCAUUUGGAAUUUCAUUCUUAUCGUACUCUGCCUGGUUGGCUUUGCCCACUGUCGCAUCUGCGAUCAUCCUAUUCCCAUUAUUACGAUGGGUCAUAUUCAGAAAGAAAGGUUGGAUACCCCAUACGAUCUACCCACCUGAAAUCAACCCAAGAUCUGCACUUGUCGAUCCCUUCGGCGCUAUCUUCAAUGCAACGAUUUUCAUCAUUACUGUAGUAGUUCUGGUAGGGCUCAGUGCGGGACAUUUGUUGGAGGGAACAGAAGGUGUAUGGACUGUUACGGUACCUGCUGCGGGCUUGGUGUUGAUAAGGGACAUGGUGAAGGAUAGAAUGAACGCGAAGGAAACGCGAAGGGUCAGAGUUUUGGAGGAGACGAGAACAGAGCCUACUGAGAAGAAUGCAGAAGCUUCGAUUGCUCGCGUACAAGGCGCUAAUACCGAUACUUCAAGUCAACCUGCAAACAGUAGUCAAACUAUCCAGACAUCCCCACCUCAAGACAACAACCGGAAGUAUAGAAAAGUCAUACCUUUCAGACCAUUAUCGCCAUUCACGGAUAAUUUCCCCAGAACCUCCCUGGUAAUAUCAAGAUUACCUCUCACUCUCUUACCAUUCGCAUUCUCAUUCUUCAUCCUAGUCGAGGGGUUACAGCAUACAGGUUGGAUAAGAGUCUUCGGUAAUUGGUGGGGAGCAUGGGAAGCGGUUGGCGGUGUGGCUGGAAGUGUAUGGUUGAUGGGUGUUUUAAGUGUGAUCGGAUGUAAUAUCUUCGGUACAAAUAUCGGUGCUACGAUCUUACUUGCUCGUGUUUUACAAUAUUGGAGUACGACCCAUCAGAACGUAUCGAACCGAUCAUUGUACGGAGCGAUAUUCUCUUUGGCAGUGGGAAGUAAUUUCGGUGCAUAUUCAUUCGUAUUCUCAGCAUCCUUAGCUGGCUUGUUAUGGCGAUCCAUCCUCGCGCAAAAAGGUAUAUCAGUGACUUACCGACAACUCAUAAAGUGGAACACCAUUCCUGUGGUAGUUACGAUGAUUGUAGGAUGUUUAGUCGUCGCUGGGGAAGUAUGCGUGAUGUAUAAGACGUAG